GAUGUGACAUUUGGCCUUUUAGCAGCAGAGGACCUAUCUGAAGUUAGUCUAAAGUUCAGCGUUUCAGCCGUACCCACUUUCAUAUUGCUGCGAGGGGGUCAAGUGGUUGACAGAAUAGACGGGGCCAAAGCAGCUGAUCUAACGACAAAAGUAAAAACGCAGGCCGCGAAGACGUCCCUCGUAUCCACUGCCCCAAGUGCGCCUCCUGUGGACCUCAACACACGCCUCAAGAACCUGAUCUCGUCUGCCAAGUGCAUGCUGUUCAUGAAGGGCUCUCCAGAUAAUCCACGAUGCGGAUUUAGCCGCACAACCACAGAACUCCUGAACAAAUACGAAGCAGAUUAUGGCAGUUUUGACAUUCUCACGGACGAGGAAGUGCGACAAGGUCUCAAAACCUUUUCCAACUGGCCAACCUAUCCUCAGCUGUACAUUGACGGUGAGCUGGUGGGUGGAUUGGACAUCCUCAAGGAAAUGGAUGCCUCGGGAGAACUGGAGCCGAUGCUGCCCAAGAAGAAGAAACUGGAUUGCAGGCUCAAGGAACUGAUCAACAAGGCGCCGUUAAUGGUCUUCAUGAAGGGAAAUCGGGAGGAGCCAAGAUGUGGUUUCUCGCGCACCAUGAUUGGAAUUCUUAAUGAAACAGGACUGUCUUAUGAAACAUUUGAUAUUCUGACUGAUGAGGAGGUUCGUCAAGGACUAAAAACCUACAGUAAUUGGCCCACUUAUCCACAGGUAUAUGUGAAGGGUGACCUGAUUGGUGGUUUGGACAUUGUCAAAGAACUGCAGUCUUCAGGAGAACUCAUGGGAGCUUUAAAGGGAGAAUAACUGAAUUAAUAGAUAAAUGAAGUAAAUAGAUGAAUGAAGAAAGAUAAUCACAGGGAAAGGAACACAAAGGACUUAGAUCGGACAAUAUUUUCAUUCUGUUUUGAGAACCGAUUCUUUCAAAUUGAAGGACUCCCCUACCCCCACAAUAAAGACAUUGAAACAUUGGUUUAUUUGGGAAAAGAUAAGAUACAUUUUGAUAUCACAUUUGGUUCAAUAAUUUUCUGUCUUGUGUUCUGAUAAGCCAUUGCUUUUAAAAUGGUGGGAUUUUCAUGCUACAGUAAUGUUACAGUGAAACAGUUGUAAGCAAAGAAUUAGAGUUAGAAAGGAAAUUCUAGAUCACCUUGUUACAAAGGCAUAUCGAGCAGUGAAGAUUCCUACUUCCUAAGAAAUCAUUCCCAUUCUCUGUUUCAGUAAAAUAUAGAAAAGUGC